GGUUGCCCGGGGAGAUGGGGCCUGCUCCUCGAUGCCGCCCGGGGAUGGAGCUGCAGAGCUGGGGGGUGUCCAGCAGCGAGGAGAGUGAAGCCGAACAGCCUGACACACCGCCUCGGGCUCGGGGCUCGGAGCCGCCACCGCCAGGGCCCACUAAGGCGACAAAGUUUCAGUGUCCUCCGGAAUUCACCCCUUGUCCACGUACAACAUUCUGUGAUCUUGUACCAGAGAAAGUGAAUGAUCCAUCUACAGAACUCUGGCUCAUCAAAGCACCCAUAGACUUUGAUCCGCGUAGCUUUUCUGGAAGGAAGAUUCCUUUGGUCGGUUUUCAGACUCUUAAAUCUAAGACAUGCAAGGACAAACUUUAUAAUGUGUUUGGCACGCCUACAGCUGGAGGGGGAGUCUGCCUGGUCCUCCCUUCAGCGACAGAGAGCUGUCCACCAUUUGCUGGUUCCAUCACCAUCGGUGAGAGUUGGGGGGACACUGGUGGUAAUGACGAACCACACUCCAUCCCCACCAGUCCGGCUCCCAGCAUCCCACCAGGCCUCAAGCUGAGGUUCCAGCCCUUUGGCGCAGCCCCAUGCAGCCAGCUGCCACAUAAAAAACCGUGCCAGGUUACAGCUGCUGCACUGCAGCUUGGCGAUGUAAGGGAGGUUAAGGCCAAGAGGAGGAAGGGGCUGAAAGGAAUGGUAGCGGUCAGCGGAGAUGAGCCUGACCACAAAGGAGUGGUUGACAGCCAGAGAAAGAGGACAAAGAGCAAAAAAAAGCAGGAGGAAGCUGGCUUCGAACACUCUGAUACAGCAAUACUGGAGCGCGAGAACAAAAAGCGGGAAAAGAAAAGGAGGAGAGAGAGAGACAUCCCACAGGCUCCACAUGCCCAGGUAAAUAAGGGUCACAAGAAGAAAAAGAAAAAAGAUAAACAUUAAUUGUUCACCAGAACACGUGAGGACAAUACCCAUUUGAAAAAAAAACUUCUCAACUUACAACCAUCAAUAACCUUGUGGUAAAUGGGCUGUGCUGAACUGCAACAUAUUUGAGAAACUGCCCCCUUCCUGUCUGACUGCACAUUUGCAAAUUCCAAAGGUGAUGUACGAUUUCUUUCAAGUUCCAGCAGACCCAGGUCUCUGUCGUGAUGCAGAUGCUUGCUGUUCUGCACCCAGCUCUGUGAUCCUGGAAUACCCACUGGUUCCUCCUUUUGGGAUUGCUACACUUGUCCCAAUGCAAUCCUUUUGUAUACUGAAGAAUGUGUAUUUUUUUAAAAAAGAAUAAAUCAGUAUUACUUGGAAUAUGGGUUCGGAAUCUCAUGGCAGUCAACGCUGAACAUGCUGACUCUCUCCUUCGAUUCCUCUGUGGCUGAGAUCUCAGCCAAGAGUUGCAUAACUAAGACAGGCAAGAAACAGCCCUUUUUAAAUAAACAUUCACUCGACUCACAGGAUCUGCCUCAUGAGAAAAGGCUGCACCUAUAUUCACUGGCAUCGAAAGAUGAUUCAGAGGGAGUUUGUUAGGGUAGAUGUUGUGAAGGUCUUUCCUCUUGUGGAGGAACUCUAGGACAGGAGGCACAAAUGCAAGAUAGGGGGUCUCCCAUAUAAAAUUAAAAUGUGGAAUUUCAUCUGAGGAUCACUUGUGUUUGGAAUUCUCCCCAGAGAGCAGUGGAGUCUGGAUCACUGUCAAACUCAGACUUGAAUAUUUAUUUUUGAUAGACAUUGGACUUUUUCAAAAUUCAUUUGUGGGAUGAGGUUGUCACCAGCUAGGCUUGCAUUUGUUGCCCAUGCUUAAUUACCCAGAGGGCAGUGUAAAUGUUGACCACAGUGGGUCUGGAGUCACAUGUAGGCCAGACCAGGUAAGGAUGGCAGUUUCCUUCCCUAAAGGGCGUGAGUGAACCAGAUGGGUCUUUCCUGACAAUUGACAAUGGAUUCAUGAUCAUCAUUAGACUCUUAAUUUCAAAUUUGUAUUGAAUUCCAAUUCCACCAUCUGUCGUGGUGGGAUUCAAACAUGGAUUCCCCCAGAACAUUACCUGGAUCUCUGGAUUAACAGUCCAGUGAUAAUACCACUAGGCCUUUGGAGUUAAGGAUUACGUGAAGCAGACAGUAAAAGUGGAGCAGGAAGACCAGAAUUGAACACAGUAUUCCAAAAGUGGCCUAAUCGAUGUCCUGUACAGCUGCAAUACGACCUCCCAACCCCUGUAUUCGAUGCAUUGACCAAUAAUGGUAAACGAAGGAAACAUCUUCACUAUCCUAUCUACCUGCAACUCCACCUUCAAGCAAACACGAACCUGCUUUAAGGAGAGAUGACGGCCUCGUGGUAAUGUCAAUGGACUACUGUUCUAAAGAUCCAGGUUCAAAUCCUGCCAUCAUGGGAACAUUUAUGAGCUUGUUCCUGAUUUACAGCAUCUGCAGUUCUUUCAUUUUUUUCUAUUCAUCCUUUUGUUAUGAGACUGAUGUUGGAAUAAAAGUCACAUCUCACUCUUCUGAA